CGAAAUCCGCCUGGAGCACCAGCUCGAGUUGGCGCGAUACCUUCAUGUGCCUGUGGGUAACGUGCCCGUUGCUGAUGCUCCCCCACACGUCUCUCUCACUACCCUUCCAAGUCCUCCCAGCACCCCGGCAACUCCCCUGCCUACGGUGGAGUUUGGCUGUGACCUCUUCUAUGCAAGGCAUCUUACCAAACAGAACCACAUCCUCUGGGUCAGCGCUACCGGAAGACCAGACUUUGGCGGCAAGGAGGUUGAUGAUCAGCGCUGCCUCUACCUCAUUUCCUACUGUCCUGGAAAUUUCUUCACUAUUGUAAGCGGUGUUUGUCAACAACCUGAGCCUAACGGCUUUAGAACCAGCCGGUAA